GUCUCACAAUUUUGAUGACAAUCAAGACACUUGAGUGAAACUCAACCAAUCAGAAUCGAUCUUUCAACAAGUGUCAAAGUUGACUUUCAACUGUUUUUAUCAAAUCAACAAACGGCGAGUUGUAGAAAAUAAUAAUUUGCGUCAGUGGACCAUUGUGACGGUUACAGUUCCAUAUUUUGUGUGAAAUUUAUCCAAAAAUUGAGAAAAUGGGUCGCGUAUUCGUUGUAGGAGUUGGAAUGACAAAAUUUGAAAAACCUGGAAAACGUAACGACGAUUAUCCAGGAUUCGCCAAAGAAGCUAUCCUGAAAGCCCUUGAUGACUGUGGCGUUAAAAUCUCUGAGGUUGAGGCAGCAGCCUGUGGAUACGUCUAUGGCGACUCAACCAGCGGUCAACGAGCCGUUUAUGAGGUUGGAAUGACCGGCAUUCCAAUUUUCAAUGUGAACAAUAAUUGCUCAACAGGGUCGACGGCUUUACUUCUGGCUAAAGAGUUCGUAGAAUCAGGGAAACAUGACUGUGUCUUGGCUGUGGGUUUUGAGAAAAUGGAACGGGGGAGUUUGUCGGCGAAAUUUUUAGAUCGCACAAACCCGUUAGAUAAGCACGUAGAGGUGAUGGCAGAGUUGACCGAGAUGAAUGAGGCUCCGAUAACCGCCCAAAUGUUUGGAAAUGCCGGAAUCGAACACAUGAAGAAGUUUGGGACCAAACCGGAGCAUUUCGCGAAAAUCGCAUACAAGAACCACAAACAUUCCGUUAAUAAUCCGUAUUCGCAAUUCCGGGAGGAAUAUUCCUUGGAUCAGAUCAAAAAUUCCCCUGCUGUUUUUGGUCCAUUAACUAAACUUCAGUGUUGUCCCACAAGCGACGGUGGAGCUGCUGCUGUAGUAGUCUCAGAGCGUUUUGUCCGAAGCCAUGGUUUGGAAGGCCAAGCUGUUGAAAUUCUCGGCAUGGAAAUGGCCACUGAUUUACCCUCAACUUUCGCCGACAACAGCUGCAUUAAAUUAAUUGGCUAUGACAUGACAAAAACAGCGGCCGAUCGUCUAUUCCGCAAAACAAAUACAAAUCCAUCCGAUGUCCAAGUUGUUGAACUCCACGACUGUUUCUCUGCUAAUGAAUUAAUUACGUAUGAAGCACUCGGUUUGUGUCCUCUUGGCAAAGCUGGAGAAUUCAUCGACCGUGGUGAUAAUACCUAUGGUGGCAAAUAUGUUGUCAAUCCUAGUGGUGGUUUAAUUUCCAAGGGCCACCCUCUGGGGGCUACUGGCUUAGCGCAAUGUGCCGAAUUGUGUUGGCAAUUGAGAGGCGAUGCUGGCGCAAGACAAGUUCCUAAUGUAAAGUUGGCGUUGCAGCACAAUAUUGGAUUAGGUGGCGCUGUUGUUGUCGGUUUAUAUCGUUUGGGAUUCCCCGAGUAUAAGAAUCGCAGAGUUGGGGUGAGGAAAGUGGCAGGAGGCCUAAAAGAAAGCGAUUUUGCUGUUGCGCCCUAUUUGAGACUAUUGGAACAAGCGAUGUCGGAAGAUAAGGAUAAUUUGAUCGAGAAACAUAAGGGUAUUUAUGGGUUUAAGGUCAAGAAGUCUAAUGGCGAGGAGGGAUACUGGGUUAUCAAUGUCAAAGUGGGGAAAGGCAGUAUUGAAUUAAAUUCAAAACUGAAACCCGACGUCACGUUAAUUGUGAACGACAGUGAUAUUGUGGAUUUGCUAACAGGAAAAUUAAAUCCACAGAAGGCUUUCUUUCAAGGCAAAGUCAAAAUCCAGGGCAAUAUGGGUUUAGCUUUAAAACUGGCCGAGUUGCAACGUACUGCGGCAAGUCACAUCGCAGAUAUUCGUGCAAAAUUGUAAAUUUUUAAUAUUUUUAUAUUCUAUGGUAAUUGUUAUCAGUUAUAUUUUGAAUUAAUUAUGGUAACGGACUGAUGGUUCAGGUGUUGACUUUUUUAUUGAAUAAACAAUGGUUACAA